CAGAGGGGAUGGUUUUCAAAGUUAGGAAAGGAAGGACUAGGGGCAAGUCUAAGGUUAGCUGUGGGGUGUGUGGGAAGAGGACAGGCAGGAAGAGUGUGUGCAGUGAAAUUCUGAAAGCCAUUCACAGACCCCAUGCUGAUGCCAGAGCAACCCCCCCACUCUCUGUCCUGGGGCUCACUCCUCAUUCUUGGGGGUAGAUUCAUCUGGCAGGUAUGAUGCCCAACCCACUGGGUCAUAUCCUUGGCUUUCUGAGCAGGGCAGCCUGGCAGAGCCUCUGGAGAAGCAAAGGACUGCAGGGGCAGGUGCCAGCAAGAGAGGCAGGCAUGCCAAGAAGACACCCAUGGUGAGAGGUGCAGAUUGCCCAAGGGCAAGUUUGCUCAGCUCACCCAGCUUCACACUCUCACUGGGGCCAAGAGAACUCACUCACUAAGGCCAAGGGCCCUCAGGCACUCUUGCAGCUAGCUUAUCAGGGCCUAGCUUCUAGAGAGCCAGGAACAAACAGGCUUCAAAGUCAAGAGCUUGGCUGGCAGACAGGGGCUGCAUCCUUCACCUCUGGCCCCUCUUCUUGCUAGUAUAUAUUAGACCCUUUUCACAAUUGGGAGUUAGGAGGGCAAGGCACCUGCAGCAAAGAUGGACAUAGGCAGCAAGGAGGUUUUGAUGGAGAGUCCACCGGACUACACAGCAGCCCCCCGGGGUCGGUUUGGCAUCCCAUGCUGUCCUCUGCACCUCAAACGCCUUCUCAUCGUUGUGGUGGUGGUGGUCCUGGUUGUGGUGGUGAUUGUGGGGGCCCUACUCAUGGGUCUCCACAUGAGCCAAAAACACACUGAAAUGGUCCUAGAGAUGAGCAUUGGGGGGCCUGAAGCCCAGCAACACCUGGCUAUGAAUGAGUAUAGGGGUACCACAGCCACCUUCUCCGUCGGCUCCACUGGCAUCGCAGUCUAUGACUACCAGCGGCUCCUGAUUGCCUACAAGCCAGCCCCGGGGACUUGCUGCUACAUCAUGAAGAUGGCUCCGGAAAGCAUCCCCAGUCUUGAGGCUCUCACCAGAAAAUUCCAGACCAAGCCGGAAGUGCCUUCCUCAAAGCUGGCUCAGGAGGGGGCCGCUGACCCUGGCGCGGGGGCCUCGCUGGAGCUGGCCUUCCUAGGCACCACCUUGAACACCCUGUGUGGGGAAGUGCCCCUCUACUACAUCUAGCGGUCCCCCCACCCAGGACCCAUGGAAGCCCCAAGGCGACAGGAAAGGACGGUUAGACAGCCGCUCCCAUCACACCAUACAAGUGGCCCUGGAAAAAAAAGUAGGGCUGGGGGCUGAGGGUGGGGGUUACCACGGGCAGGGGCGCCUACUACAAAAGAAUAAAGCAGCCUGAUUGAAAAACGAA